AUGGCCGACACUGUGGACCAUCUGGCGCGGCUGCCAGCGAAACUACUUGAUCAAAUUGCCAAGGACUGCCUGUCACCUAAGGAUCUUGCUUCUUUAACCAUGACGAGCUCGCACUAUGCGGCAAUGGUGAUCCCCAUACUUCGCAAGAAGAGGACCAGAGAUGAGUGGGCAGAUCCAUACAAACCUUCGACAAUCCAAACAUCAGCUGCUGUAGUUUCUGGUGACACUCAAGGUCCAGAUUACCUGGCCAAACUGCCAGCUGAGAUCCUGCUGCACAUCGCCGAGGACUCCUGCCUGUCGACCAGAGAUCUCGCUGCUUUCGCACGCACGAGUUCACGAUACACUGACACAGUCAUUUCGGUCCUCUACAAGAAGAAUAUCAGGGAAGAGAACGCAAAUGCCCUUCUCUGGGCUACCAUAAAACAGAGUACCAAUACCCUGGCCCUUCUGAUUAGAAACGGAGCCGACAUCAACAAUGUGGACGCUUCGAUGCAUCUAGACGAGCCCUCGCCAUACCAAUGGGUCGAGCAUCUCCGCAAUUGGAAUCCACAUGCAGAACUCCAAACGAGCGCUGCAAGGUCCCUCUCGUUCUACGAAGACGAUAGCACCAGUCAAUGGGACGACCGUUUGUCGAACGUUUCCUCUUCUGACCAGGUUGAUGCAAACUACGCACCUGCGACUUCAGUCACUCCAAUUACGAUGCCUGCCAUUACAACACCGCCGACUACAUUUCCUGCCAGUACAAUGCCUACGGUCUCAGUUCCUGCGGGCCCCCUGACUGCGGCUCAAGCUGGAUCAUACUACGCCGCCGCGUUUCUGGCUCCUUUGCCUUUAACUUUCAUACCUGCAACCCGACCGCGGAGCCGCCCAGAGGCACCGAGGAAGUUCAAAUACACUCCCUUGACGUUGGCUGCUCGAAGAGGCCGUGCUAAAGCGGUUGAUUGGCUGCUCAAAAACGGAGCUGAUACAGAGAUUCCAGCGCGCGACUUGUGUGGUUGUGACAACGAGCUGCAAAUUUCCAGGGGCAUGUGGAGGAUUCGGCCACUGGUAGCAUCAACCCUGGAACGGCCGGAGUGGACAGCACUGCACCUGGCUGUUCAUUACAACCAUAGCAGUAUCGUCCAGCUGCUCAUUUCCCACAGUGCCAAUACUCAGCAAAUCUGUCGUGUCGAGGACGGUCCUUGCACCGUACUCCACACUGCCUUCGCCCACAAGCGCAAGUCCAUUAUCGAGUCCUUGAUAUAUGGGCUUCAGGGAACCAACAUGGUCGAAAUCAAUGCCAAAGGCCGAGGUGGCAUCACCCCUUUGCACCUUGCCUACUGUAUGCGAGACGAGGCGCUCAUAGAACUGGCACUGAAAUUCGGCGCCUAUAUCAACCUUGAAUACGAUGUUGAUGGAAAUCAAUGGACCCUCUUCUCGAUGGCCUGCGCGCAGAGCGACUGGGCUUUUGCCUUGAGGCUCUUGAAGCUCGGUGCCAACCCGGACUUUGAUCUCGCAAGAAAUCCUGGUUGGCGUUUGACAACACAAGACUUCAUAAGUCCGGUCACUGCGGGUUUCGAUGAUGACAGACGAGCUCUCAGAGAUGAGAUAGACCAUAUCAAGCGAGACCAAGAGGUGGCUCGCUUGUGA